AUGGAUUCAGUGGGAGUGCUCAGCCAUUUUGCAGCGGACCCUUGUCCGAAACAUUGGCAAGCAUUAAAGCGCGUGUUCAGGUACGUCCAAGGCACACAAACCCAUGGGAUUGAAUUUCAAGCCACGAGCAAUGACAAGCUUCAAGUCUACUCAGAUCCUGGUGAUGUGAAAACUCAACGAAGCACAAGUGGAGACGCGUUCCUGGUGAACAAUGGGUGUAUCAGCUGGAUAAGCAAGAAACAGCGUACAGUGGCUCUAUCGUCUACGGAAGCCGAUUACAUGGCGUUGACAGAAGCCACACAAGAAGCAGUAUGGCCUAAGGCAUUUUUGUGUGAGAUUGGUAAAAUAAAGAACGACGAAGCAGUCAAGAUCUAUGAAGAUGACCAAGAUUCCAUUGUGUUGGCUAAGAACCCCGAGUUCCAUAAAAGAACGAAGCACAUCGACAUCCGGUAUCACUAUCUGCGCGAGAAGGUUGCAGACGGCCAAGUGUUGCUACAGUGCUGUGCUACGAACAACAUGAACGCAGACCUCAUGACGAAGCCGAUCCCCGCUGCGCAGUUCGAAUAUCUUCGGGGCAUGCUGGGGAUCAAGACACCAAGGUCUGCCGAUUCAAGUGGGAGUGUAGUAAAAGAUACACCUCGGCAUGACGUUUCAGAAAAGUGUUCUGUAGCUCAGCCGGUUUGGUAUGUCAGUACCAUCCUAAAGGUCACUGGUUCUGUACCGGUGGGGCGUGCAAACAAAAAAGUUAAGCCUUCGGGAUCUGGUGUUUGGGGUUCACCAGCACUGUCCUGCCAGACAGUGACGUCCCCCGAUUUCGGUACGUUUGGGUGUUUAGAAACGCAUGACCAGAAUUAG